AUGGUUCACAACUACACGCUUGUCGACGGCGCAGCCUACUACGCAACCAGCAACAGGGAUAACGCUGCGAAUCGCUCAAGAGUACAGUGCUUUGACCCAGAACUGGGCCAUUUACCGCCGAUCAACGCCAUUGCCGCUGCGCUGAAUGACGCCGUGGCUAUUAUGAAUGCCUCCAGUGACGUCGAGUGUUCGUCUGGCAACGUGUUCAAGGUUUCUGUCAACGAUAUUGAGUUUGUGCUGUGCGCUUCUGGGUCGUCGGGGCUCAAGCUGUAUGGAAGCGAUAUGGAUAUCUCAGUGGAACGUCUUAGCACGCGCAUGAACAUCUCAGCACCCGUGCUCAUGGGAGACAAGCUACAUCGCUGCCCCGUAGUGGUGUCCGAAUUUGAGGCGACUUUGACUGGAGAGGCACUUUUGACUGGCCGGCCGAUUCCAUUUGAAGCCACAAGACGACUGAAGGCCGAGUUCGACUUCUCGUGGGGAGAUUCCUCCUCAUUCAGCGAAACCAGCACCGAGUCUACGAUCACUGACACUAUCGUCGUCACGCACUCAAUGGGGAAUUUGAUGCUGGCUGGGGCAAUUGCCAAGGGCAAGUGCAGUCUUGACCCUACUUCGACAUGGGUGGGUCUGGCAGCGCCGAUGAAGGGGAGCAUGGGCUCCGACUUUAUUCAAGAUUCUUGUGCCGGUAAAACCAAUUUCAUGUUCAACGCAAUAUCAGCCGUCAGUGGACGAUGCCCUCCCACUACCGCGAUCAAGUCAAUGCCGAACGAAGGAGGGAGUCACAGCACGGCGGAAUUGGAUGCGGCGUACCGAGCAGCACAAGAGGUUUAUCGGACCAAUGUGUCAGCUCUGAUGUGCAGCGAAAGCUUUUCCGGAUUGCUAUCGACGAGACAACCUCUUCUUUGGCCGCUCGGAAUCGUGGGACAGCAUCACUCUCGCCGCAAUGACGGGAUGGUGGAGUUCGAUAGCUGCGCGGUUGGAUUUCCAGCAUCGAAGUUCGGCAACACCUGGAGCGAUCGCUUCUACAGGACGAAACUGAAUCACUACGACAUGCAGUUCCGGUUUGGGGACGCUUUGUUCGACAAGGCAAAGAUGCCGCUGAAAUGGUUCGAGUGUCUGCUUUAG